AUGGAGGACUGCUCCAGCUGCGCGAGCCAAUACGGAGAAGAGAUAGUUGAAGGAAACGAAACUCCAGAGCACCUGCUGCAGGAGGUUCAACAGGCACACGCACUAACCCUUGUGUCAAUGCCAACGCUGAAGGUACCGAUUUCGAGAUUUCUGCAACUAUCAAGGCUGUUCAUAAAAAACGCUUGGAAUAUUGCUCCAGCUCUGCUCGAAUCGUACAGCCUGGUAUACCUGCUACAGCCGCUGGUGCUAAUAAACUUCAUCAAUGAUGUCUGGACGGCAACACAACAAAAACAACAUCUCGGCAUUAAUCAAGGAAGGAAUCUCGGAAUAAGUGACAUGAAUCCAACAAUGCAAGCUCCACCAUCAUACAGCACCUCUUCGAUGAAUUAUUUCUCGGACCAACCGCAAUUUGCGGCUCCGAACACAAAACCAAUGACCAUCAUGACCCAUCGUUUGGAUGCCUCUGUCACUUCUGAAAAGCGUGUGCUUGCACAGCAACAGAAAACAAUCAAUCAUCGAAACAGCCAACGUGAGGUUUGCUUCCGAAUGCUCUACUCACUCACUAUCGACAUUCAUCAUGUGUGUGGUUGGAAAAGCGACUAUCUACAUUCCACGACUCCGUCACAAGCUCAUUUUGAAAGUCUUCCCAUUGAUGUUCCGUUGUGA